GUGGCCUUAAAUCGGCUCCGCCAAGCCCUCCCGGCUUGCUGCCGGCCGCGGUGGUGGCAGCAGCGGCGGUGUCGGGCGAUGCCCCCCGGCAGCAGCACCCCCCCGGCACCGCCGUGCGCCCCCGGCGACCCCCGGCCAGGCUGCGCGGCCGCCAGGUAGAGAGAUGCCUGGGCACUGGGAGCUCUCUGCAGCAUGCUGAGGAGACGUAACCUUCUUACCACGCUCCUGAUCGCCUUGCCAUGGGCUCUUCUCCUAACCUUGUGGCACCAAUACCCAACCACCCGCUACCUCAGCCUGCUGAGAAAAGAGACAGAUGAGAACGCGACCUCGAAAGCUCUCCUCAACGGUACCUCUGCGCUGAGAGACGAAGGCCUCCCAUCAUGCGUUCGGCAGCAGCAGAGCAUAAGGGCAACGCCUAAAGUCAUCCAGAAUUAUGUCUACUCCCGGCCCCCUCCGUGGUCAGACACCCUGCCCACCAUCUUCGUCAUCACCCCCACCUACACGCGGCCGGUGCAGAAAGCUGAGCUGACCCGCCUGGCCAACACCUUCCUGCACGUGCAGAACCUGCACUGGGUGGUGGUGGAGGACUCGCCCCGGAGGACCAACCUGGUGUCCAACCUGCUGGAGAAGGCAGGCCUCAACUUCACCCACCUCAACGUGGAAACACCCAAGAGCCUGAAGCUGGGGCUGUCCUGGAUCCCAUCCCACACCCCGCGGGGGACACUGCAGAGGAACCUGGGGCUGCACUGGCUGAGGGACAGCUUCAGCAACACCGCGCCGCCAGAAGGGGUAGUGUAUUUCGCCGACGAUGAUAACACUUACAGCCUGGAGCUGUUUGAAGAGAUGCGCUACACAAGGAGGGUGUCAGUCUGGCCGGUGGCUUUCGUCGGGGGGCUACGGUACGAAUCCCCAAAAGUGAGCCCAGCAGGGAAGGUGGUGGGGUGGAAAACCGUCUUUGACCCUAACCGGCCCUUUGCUAUUGACAUGGCUGGAUUCGCCAUCAGCAUCAAGCUGAUCUUGGAGAAGCCUCAAGCCAGUUUCAAGCUGGAGGGAGUUAAAGGAGGCUACCAGGAAACCAGUCUGCUGAAGGAUUUAGUGACUAUGGACGGGCUGGAGCCCAAAGCAGCCAACUGCACAAAGGUGUUGGUCUGGCACACGAGGACGGAGAGGCCGACUCUGGUUAACGAAGGCAAGCGUGGAUUCACAGACCCCAGAGUAGAGGUGUAGGCAGAGAGCCAGCUCCCUGAUAGGCAGCGGGCAGCGAUCGCUCCUGAAGUUUGUCAGCAACCACAGCAGCGGCACACGCUGCCUGCUCUGCCCAGCGCUCAGCUCCACCACCGGAGGAUGAUAAACGCCCCAAAACGCAGCCACGUCAAUCAGCUCCCACUGCCCAAAAGGUGGUAAUGAGCAGGGACAGAGCUGAUGUGGUGCCCUGUGAUCCUACAGCUCUUCACUUUUGACUUCGUGCUCUGGCUCCCAUUCCCCAUCUGGGAGAGGAGCACCUCCCUUCCCUCGUGGGCUUUGUGUUUUUAACCAUUCAUUAAACAGGAAAUUUAUUAGAUGCGAUCUCCAUUCUCUGCUGUGCCAGCAAAGAAGCUGAAAUCCAGGAUGGGUGCAGGUGCCUCUGAAGAUGUCUCGUGGCGCAUUGUGAAAUCUGAGCGUCAGUACAGCAGUUGUGAGCUGCGGUGUUUCAAGGACAGGAGUUGUCACAAAAGCACAAAUGUGAAUCUGUCACCCUGAGGUAUGCUUGAGGAAUUUAAAAGCAAAGCUAGCCUGAGAGAGGCCCUCCCUCUGAAGGAUACACUCAGAUCCGUGCACAGAUCAGCCAUCGGCACUGGGGAGGGAGCUGUGCUGAAGCACCUUGUUUUGGGUUUGGCAAUUCAGAAAGGAUCUGGUGCCUACACCUCAGCUGAUAACUUGAACUGCCCUAACAUACAGUUGUUUCAGAAAAUGCUGUCCCAGUUCCCAGGCCUGGUGCCCUCUGGAUAAAGUUCCUCUGGCAGGUACUGUACCUCAAAGGCCAUCCAUGUGGAGCAUCCCUCUGCAAAGACCAGAAAGCAGGGGCAAAGAUGGGUGGACCUGAAAGUUUUGUUCCUAGCCUGCGACCCUGCUGCAGCACCCUCAGUCACUUUGGUAGCCUCAAAUCACAUAUACAAAGCUGCUUCCUAAACCUUCAGAGAGGAGGACACCUUUCUGGGGCGGAGGAGGGUGAGAGAAGUGCUUAGAGAAGAGGAACCCUGAGCUUGCGCUCAUCUUCUGCGUGAAUGUUGGGGAAUGUGGGGAGACAUCGUCAGGAAACGUAUCUUGAGCACAUAGAUGACAAGUGAAGUAGCAAAUGUGACAAGUUCUCCAGCUGAACUCUGAAAGGCACGUUUGGCCCUGUGAACAGAGAAAUUUCCCUUAAUGAAACAGGAAGACAGCCCGCGGGGAGGCAACCGACAAAGGAGCAGGUGGCAAAUGAGGACCGAAGGAAGGAUGCACUGGAUUAAAAGCACAAGUGUUUGUACUGUGUGUGCGUGGGGAGAAGUAUAUCUCUGACUUUUCUAGGAAGGUUCCUUGAAUUGACCCAGAAACCCCUCUGAGCACAUCCUGAAAACCAUCUCCACUCAGGCCAUAAGAAACAAGGCUUGGGGCAUUCAAACCGCAUCAAGGAUCGCAUAGCUGGGGGGGAAAUUAUGAGCAAUCAAACCACCCCCUGCCCAAGAAAUUCUGGGCUGGCAGGAGACAUUUAUUUGUUGAUUUAUUUAUACUGCAAUUCUCUGCCUAUUCCUUGUUCGGUUUUGUUUUUUAACUUAGAUCAUCUGACAUGUUCGUGAAGAAAGAACAUUUCCCCUCUCGCCCCAGACUCUCACAGAAGAACAGUAGAGCUUGGCAUUCACUUCUGAAUGUCAUAUGUUUCUUGCUCUCCGGGGUUUCUUUACAAUGGUGUCUUAAACUGGCAAAAUAAUCAGAAACACAGCAAGGAGGAGAGUACAGCAAAGGGAACUGUGGUUCCUUUAUGCAAGAGACGUGGGUGGCACUAAGCUUCUGGCUCCCAAGCAAUCAUAGCGAGGUAAAAAACAUGUGCAAAGGACGGCCUCGCUCAGCGGAUAGUCCCCAUGGGAUCUUGGGAAGCAUCCAUGAAGCUUUUUGAAGGGUAUCUGAGAGAGUUGGUCUGUGUUCCCUCACUGGGGAGCUAGCACCCAGGCAUCUUGCUGUGGGACUGGGGUUAAAGUACAGGAAGGAGCAAAAGGAGUGAGAUGAAGCCUAGUGGGGAGGAAGGCAUGAGAAAGCAAAGAAUAGGCAGCAAACAGAGAGAGAGAGAGAGAGGGGCUGUGUUUAGUGUGACAAGGCCACCCUGCUAGCAUCUCAGCACCAAAGGGAUACGGAAUGGGCUAUGAGCACUGUGUUGCCUCGAGAUCCUAGAAAAGUCCUUACAGAGCAAGGGUCUCUGGCAUAUUGGAAGUGGAUGGUGUGAAGGAAGCCUGGCUUCUGCAAAACACUUUUCUUUCUCCAAAUGUCAGAGCUUUGUAACCAGGCCUUGCUCAGAGCUUUAUGUCCCAGCCUCUGUAUGAGGUAACGAGGCCUUGCACUCCAGCGGGCUUUACUGACCCGUCCCCGCCAUCAGGCAGGCGGGCCCAGUGAUUCCACACACCAUUAAAACAAGAUUACAUCCUUAUCUUUGUGGGUUUAGUGCACGAGCAGAGAGCAAGGGAGUAAAGGAGUUGAUUUAUGAGCUUCCAUUUUCCCCUCCAAGAUGGGCAGGGUUUCUGCCCGUAUGAAAAGGAGGAGAUAUGGUGAUUAAUUCUCCGGCCUUUAAUCUCAUGCGGGGCCUACACAGGAUUUUGGCACUGCCAGUGGAUGUUUGCAGCGAGGGUCUGCUCCUGUUGCAAAGCACACAUGUUUUUAGAAAUGACUUCUUGCUCUGUCCCCAUAAGAAAGCAAAAUUAUUGUUCUUAUUUUUCCCACUGGGACCCUGGAUUGCAGUGAUAUGGUACGCUCAGUGCCAGUCUGAGACUGUCCCUUUCAUGCCAUUUCCACUCUUGCCUCAGCCUGACCCUGUGGAGAAAGGAACCGGUGAACCAAGAAAUUCUGCCAGACACUAAAUUGUUCAGGGCCAAGACUUUGUGUGGAUGUGCACAACUGUUACCCCAGGCUAGCAGACGUUUCAACCAGUUCAGCACAAAUAUUCCUUUCCCUGUAGAGCAGACUAAGGACAGCACAGGCUGCUGCCAGCCUGGGUGCAUCAGCUAAGGGUAGGUCAGCAGGAGACACCACCAGCUCUGAUGUUAGUUUUGUUAGCAGAGCGUGGUGGGAGAGCCCAGGUAUGGAGCAGCAGUGAGAGUUACAGGCUUCAGGGAAAGUGAAUGAGGGGUGCAAUAAAGCUGCAGAUCAAGCCCGAAGUGCUUCGAGGAGGCAUCCCAGCGCCUGUUUUUUACUAGCAUCUUAGUAUCUGAUACUCAUGUUCUCUGAAAUUCAUCCAAUUCACCAACCGAUGAAUAUUACUAACAUUUCCUGUUGCAGAAAAUGCUAUUGACAGAGGAAAGAGAAUGUCAAGGAAGUAAUUUUUAAUGGUUAUUUAUUUAUAUUGAAUGGUACUAGCGCGUUAUUAAAUAUGAUGUGAAUAGUACAAUAUUA